UGAUAAGAAACGCAAUAAAUAAAUAUGCAAGCAACAAUCUUGGAAGAAACAUUUUGUAGGCUGUGCCUAAAUAUUAUAAGAGAUUCAAAUUGUCGGGUGAUAGAAGAAGUCAUAAGAGAUGUUCUAAAAAUUGUUUUGCCGCAUAUGAAUUUGGAGGAAAAAGUUAAACAUUUCAUGUGUAAAACAUGUUCCUUGAAAUUAUUUGCUGCUUUUAAUUUUAAGUCCAUAUGUAUGGAUACGGAGGAUUUAAUUUUUCCUCAUAUUACUGCCAGUAAAAUGUCAGUGAUCGAUUUAAAGCAAGUUUAUCUAAAAGAGAAGGGAAAUAUUCAGUUAAUCGAUGCAUCGGAAGAUCGGACAAUUUGUCGAUUAUGUUUUCAGUCCGUAACCUACGGAUUUGUGGCACUACGUGAAGUGGAUGUUGACAUAAUCGAUACAUAUAUACCACAGGUUAACAUCAGUGCUACCAGGGAUCCUGUUAUAUGUAGAACAUGCUUUGAUUCGCUUCGUACCCAUGGCAGUUUUUUAAAGAGCUGCCUUGAUGUACAUGAGAAAUAUACAAACGUCGAUAAACAGUCUUAUAUUAAAAAUGAAGAAAUUGAAAUAAAACUGGAUGAUCCUCAGGAUGGGUAAGGAAAUGCCGAUAAAUUUUGUAUUUUUAUGAUUUAUUGCACUUCUUUUUUUUGUAUCUUGAUAACGAGGUAUU